AUGCAAGCAUUAAAUUAUUCUGUAAUUCCAAGUACAUCUGCUGAAAAAUUUGAUAUAUCUGCUAAAGAAUUUGAUACAUAUGAAGAAAUAAAUCAAGUUAUUUCUAUUCGUAGACCUGAUAUGUAUAGAGCAAGCAUUCAUAAAAACAUUAAACAAAAUCAAGAAUAUGCACAUAGCUUUGAUUUAGAAACAAGAAGUAAAUCAAGACAAAUCACUAAAACUAAUACUGAAAAUAAAUAUGUUAAAGAAAAUUUAUCACAAAAUCAAGCUAAUAAUGAUACAAAUAAUAAAAAUUGUAUUGAUUAUCAUUGUGAAAACUGUUAUGAAAUCAGAUAUUAUUCUUCUACAUAUCAAUUUUCUAAAAAUCAUUUUAGAUAA